AGCCAAGAAUACUGACAAAGAGGAAUGUUCAAAAAUUAAAUUUGUAAUUUAAUCCCCACAAGAAGAAAAUUGUUUUUUUUAAUGGAUAAUGUUAAUUGCAAAAUGGAUGUGGUUCAGCCAAGUCAGCGCAGAAAUAGAGCCCACCAAAGGGAUAAAAAGUCAAAACUUGGUCAAGUGGGACCCGCUUCGAAUGCACGGCCAAAUUCCCAACUUGAUGACUCAGCCUUCGCCUUCACCGAGUUUUGUAAUUUUUUCCCCUAAAAAAUUUUCUUCUUCCUAAAAUCUCCCCAACCGCCAUUUUCAAACCAUGUCAUUUUCUUGCUUUCUAAUUACCCACAAGCAAUAACUUCUCUGCCAUUCUUUACUUCAAGCUCCGAUCUUCUCAAACGCAGAGGAGAUAAUGGCGACCCUUUCGUUGUCUCGUUUCGAUCUCUCCUCAAUCGGCCAGAGCAAGGACCGCCGCCGUCAUCUCCACCGAUUGAGACAAGAAGGGAAAUCACAACCUUCGUGGGCCUUACGCCGGCGGAAUGUGAUCGCCGUGAAGUCCGUCAGGGCGUUUUACGGCGGUGCGUCUGGAUUGAAUGCCAAUAAGGAGAAGGGUUUGAUCUGUACUGCCGACGAGCUUCAUUACGUCUCUGUUCCUAACUCUGAUUGGAAGCUCGCUCUUUGGCGUUAUCUCCCUUCUAUUCGGGCGCCAUCAAGGAAUCAUCCGCUUUUGCUGUUAUCAGGGGUUGGGAGCAAUGCUCUUGGAUAUGACCUUUCUCCAGAGUCCUCAUUUGCUCGCUACAUGUCCAACCAAGGAUAUGACACAUGGAUUCUUGAAGUUCGAGGAUUGGGACUUAGCACUGACAGAGGAAAAAUGAAGGAUACUGAACAGAUACGAUCUGAAACUCUGGCGAAACAGCCAUUAGUCAAGGCCAGUACAUAUGAAAGUUCUGAGGGUUCUGGUAUUUCUUCAAGAGAUGGACAGACUUCUAACAUUGCUACUCAACUUAGGCAAUGGAAUAAGAAUCUUAUCAAUUUAAUUGACGGAGCUCAACAACUGGGUCCAUUUCAGCCUUUUAAUCUACAAGGUGUUACCUCCGCAUUAGAAGAGUUCCAGGAACAACUUCAUGUAUAUGAGAAGUAUGAUUGGGACUUCGACAACUACUUGGAAGAAGAUGUGCCUGCUGCGAUGGAGUACAUAAGGAACCAAUCCAAACCAAAUGAUGGCAAGUUACUAGCAAUCGGCCAUUCGAUGGGGGGUAUCUUGCUAUAUGCUACGAUCUCUCGCUGUAGCUUUAAGAAAGUUGAUCCACAGUUGGCAUCGGUUGUUACUUUGGCUUCUUCACUUGACUACAGACCUUCAAAUUCGUCACUCAGACUUCUUUUACCUUUGAGAGAUCCUGCACAGAAUCUUAAUGUUCCUGUGAUUCCCAUUGGGCCAUUGCUUGUUAUUGCUCAUCCUCUCGCAUCCCGUCCUCCUUAUGUCUUGUCUUGGUUGAAGGGUCAAAUCUCUGCAGAAGACAUGUUACAUCCCACCUUGCUUGAGAAGCUUGUGAUGAAUGGCUUUGGAUCUGUGCCUGCAAAGGUUCUCAUGCAGCUAUCGUCUGUUUUUGAGGAGGGGGGCUUAUGUGACAGGAGUGGUACAUUCAAAUACAAGGAUUAUCUACGCCAAGGCAACGUUCCAGUCCUUGCUCUUGCUGGAGACCAAGACCUUAUUUGUCCUCCUGAAGCUGUAUAUGAAACUGUGAAAGAAAUUCCUACGCAGUUGGUUUCCUACAAAGUUCUUGGCAAGCUUGGUGGUCCUCACUAUGCUCACUAUGAUAUUGUGGGAAGUCAUUUGGCAUCAAGUGAAGUAUAUCCAUUGAUAACCGAUUUUCUCAACCGCCAUGACAUGGUUUGAUUUUACCAUACCAUUCAACUCCUCUAGUUAUAUAUAUCCCAUCAGUUGAAAUAAGAAACAGUAGCAUGUAUAUCUUCCACGAUAAAAUAUACACAGAUUUCUCACCAUAUACACAAUUGUAAAGAAAGCAUACAAUCCUAUGAAGGAUAUUACUUGAAGUGAAUUAUUGGCUUUAGAAAGUUCUAGGUUAUGUAAUUUGGAAUGGAAUCUUUAUACUAAUUUCUGGAAAUGUCUCCAGUUAAACUGAA